AGAAUCGAAGCCUACCACCCGGAGGGACCCUGCUUGGAGCGAUCCUGGAACCCCACAAGCUUACAAAAUUCCUGCAUUUUGUUGUUUAAAAACCUGCGAAGUUGUGGGGAAAUUUUGACUGAUUCGAACGCCCACGCCUCCAUUUUCAAUCUCUGCUUCGAUUUUUUCUAUAUGCAUUUUCCCUCGUUUUGUUCGUAAUCAUAAUCAUUUCGGGCGUUUUCAAUUUCUUCAAUCUUUCCGUCGAAAACGACUCCAUUUCCUCAAUCCCCAUUUUCAUCGGCUUUCCCAUAAUCUCUUUUCGUAAUUUGUAAUUAUUUCUAACCUUAUUUUGUUGCACUGUUCUCCGCCUCGGUUUCGUCGCUUGGUUGAGAUAUUAAGAAUGGCUGCUGCAGUAUUUCACCAAUCUCUUGGGACUUUUCUUCCCCAUGGACAAGCUAAUGUUGCAAGUAAUGUGCCAAAAUUAAAUUCAAAAUGUUUCAAGGUCGAAGUUGGGAUCUUCAGAAAGAAGUCUCCUAGAUCUAGAAAUACUUCUAUAAGAGCAAUUCAAUCAUCUUCUUCUCAAACUUCAGUUGUUGAUCCCAUUUUAUCACCUUCAAUCAACACCUCUGAUGACUCGCAAAAAAAGCAGAAUGAAGCUGCUUUGAUCUUGAUUCGACAUGGAGAAUCGUUGUGGAACGAAAAGAACUUAUUUACCGGCUGUGUUGAUGUGCCACUGACCAGGAAAGGUGUGGAAGAGGCAAUUGAAGCUGGCAAGAGAAUCAGUAACAUACCUGUCGACAUGAUCUAUACGUCGUCGCUCAUUCGUGCACAGAUGACUGCUAUGCUUGCCAUGACUCAACAUCGUCGUAAGAAGGUUCCAGUUAUUAUUCACAAUGAAACCGAGCAGGCAAGGGUUUGGAGUCAAAUAUUUAGCGAAGAAACCAAAAAACAAUCCAUCCCAGUAAUAGCAUCUUGGCGAUUGAAUGAAAGAAUGUAUGGGGAACUACAGGGUCUCAAUAAGCAGGAGACUGCCGAUAGAUAUGGUAAAGAACAAGUCCACGAAUGGCGUCGGAGUUAUGACAUUCCUCCCCCAAAUGGCGAGAGUUUGGAAAUGUGUGCGGAGAGAGCUGUUGCUUAUUUUAAAGACCAAAUUGUCCCCCAGCUGCAAUCUGGAAAGAACGUAAUGAUAGCAGCACAUGGAAACUCAUUGAGGUCCAUAAUCAUGUAUCUAGACAAACUAACUUCUCAAGAGGUUAUUAGCUUAGAGCUAUCAACUGGAAUACCCAUGCUCUACAUAUUUAAAGAAGGAAACUUCAUUAGGAGGGGAAGUCCUGCUGGACCUUCUGAGGCAGGCGUUUACGCCUAUACCAGGCGUUUGGCUCUCUACAGACAGAAGUUAGAUGAGAUGUUAAAUUAAAAUAAUGUUGCAAAACUACAGGAUAUUACUUCCAAUUGCACUGCAACUAUUAAUGACGUGCUUUUGUGGUAAUUAGACUGCAACGAAAAGAAAAAUUCUCCGACCUAGAAGAAGAGUUUGAUCGUAGUUUUUUCGUUUUUCCUCAGAACUGCAAUUAUACAACUAGUUUGCAAGUAUUCUCCUUCGUUCGUUUGAUUGUUCGUUAUUGUUUUUAUUAUUGUUUGGGGUAUUGAAUCUCUGUGCCAAACCAUGUAAGGUUGAGGUAUAUACCCAUUGUAGUGUCUAGGAAAGUGUUUAUUAAAUAGCUAUUGAAAAGUA